AAUCAACAUUCUUCUUCUUCUCUCUCUCUCUCUCUCUCUCUCUCUCUCCUCUCUCUAAGGAAAUCCGCAGACGCUAAUACGACGCAGUUUCUACGCGUACACGGCGGUGUGAAAAUUCCGCCGUUUUCUAUUUGUGUUUGAUCAAUUCAGGAAGAAUCCUCGAAGGAAGUCGAAGAGAAAGCUAAACUCACAAUGCAGACACGGACUGUUGAAGUGAAGCGAGUGUCAGAUCUAGCGACGGAGAGAGAAAUCCAUGAGUUCUUUUCGUUUUCCGGUGAAAUUGAACAGAUUGAGAUCCUCGGAGAGCCGGGGCAGUCUAAGACCGCGUUUGUUACGUUUAAAGAUCCGAGGGCGCUCGAAAUUGCUUUGUUGCUAUCGGGUGCAACCAUAGUGGAUCAAGUUGUAAGCAUAACACCAGCAGAAAACUAUGUUCCCCGACCUGAGAUUCAGGAAGUAAGGAUUGUUGAUAAUGCUAUGAGUAUGUCUCAGGAGAAUACUUCCCCAGGUGAUGAGGGGAAAAUGAGUCCCAAUAACGGGAGAGUGUAUGUUGGUAAAGCCCAAGAUGUUGUGUCGAACAUGCUUGCGAAAAGUUCAGCUAUUGGACAAGAGGCUGUUAAUAAGGCCAAAGCAUUUGAUGAAAAGCACAAGUUGACAGCCAAUGCUUCUGCAAGAGUGAUUUCCUUUGACCGGAGAGUUGGACUGACCGAAAAGCUUACAGUUGGAAUUUCAGUAGUUAAUGAGAAAGUGAAAUCCGUGGAUCAAAAAUUUCAAGUAUCUGAUAAAACUAUGUCAGCUCUUAUGGCUGCAGAAAGGAAAAUAAAUGAUACUGGAUCAGCUGUUAAAUCUAGCAGGUAUGUGACAGUGGGAACAUCUUGGCUGAAUGGUGCUUUCAGCAAAGUGACAAAAGUUGGGCAAGUAGCUGGUACCAAAACUAGAGAGAAAUGGAAUAUGGCUUUAUCCAAUUUGACGGCCAAGGAUCCUCCGAUUGCAGCCUAAAUCAGAUGCUUGGAGUUAUCGAAUGCUGUAUGAUGGUUGGUUUGUGUUUGGAAUGAUUUUAGUUUAGAGAUGUGGUAAUCAAUCUAUCUGCAUAAUAUUGGAGCUUCGUCAGUGUAAGAAACCGAACAUAGUAGCUAAAUUCUUCAUUCGCACGCAGCUUCAUGUGAGUCGGUGUGAAUUCAUUUUAUUUGUUUUUUUUUUAUUUUUUAUGUUUGUUCAACUUUGUUUGGGGAUGAUAUAUAGUAUGCGCCUCAUUUGUGUAAAAUUUGUCAACAUAGGAAUAUGAAUGAAUGAACAUUUACUUACAUUGCAUUAAUCUUAUUCUAUUUUAUAU